CAUUCGUUCGGUUGACUUGCCCGAGAGCUCAAGAGUUUCCGUCAAUUAUUAUCCUUUAUCGUGGCAACAAGUGUCCUUUGAAGAUGUGCGUAAACAACUCCUGUAUGUUCAUAGUUUUCGGGCUGGCAAUCAUACUGAUUGGGAUUGCGGUGCCCGGACUUGGCCAAAAUGAAACGAAACCGCCGGCAACAACUCUGCGGGAGGAAUGCGGCAGCACGCAGAGAAUGGUGGAUGAGUGCUUCAAGGACUUGCCGCCACAUCUGAUGGAGUUCCUGCAGAACACCAAAAUAGUCAUCAGCAAGAGGGACAUCAUGACAAAGUGCAACAUUUUCAAUCGUGGCAUGCAAUGCUUCGAUGCCUACUCGAAGCGGUGCCUGAACGACCGUAAGCUGGAAACCUUUAAGAACAAUGUGGAAGGAGCCCGUCGAUUUUUCUAUAAAUUUUGCGGCGAUGUGGAUUUUCAGCGAGAUUACCUGAGGCACAAGGACUGCUUCGCAUACAUCCAAUUGGAUUGGGUCAGCUGCACAUCCGAGUUCGAGAGCAUCCUCAGUGAGGAAGUACACGAUGGGACGCGAAAUGCGAGCGACAAAUUCAUGGAAUUCUGUUGUGCCCGCUACGCCUACGAGAACUGCAUCUACAACAGCGCGAGGUACAAGUGCUACAAGAACUCGGCGGAGUUUGCAAGGGAAACGGCAAAAAUGCUAUCCGACGAGAAGCACUUCAGGAACUGCGCCAUUCUCGAGAAUAUCUGCGGACAAGCCUCACAUCUGGCCCGCCAAUGGCUGGGCACGCAGCUGACCCUGCUCCUGAUUCUGUUUGUGGUGCGACUCCUGCCGUAAAUCAAAGUCCAACGAAUGAAUGUGGGUGGGUGCUAUUGGUGGGUGGGUUUGUGGGGAUGUGGUUGUGGAUAUGCAUGCGGUCUGGACCUGUGGUGGUUUGAGAUUGAGUUUUAAUAUUUUGGUUGUCCUUCGGUUGUCCAAAUGAAAAUGCCAAGCAUUUUGUUUCUCCCUACCUCUCAUUUCUCUCUCUCUGUCUCGAUGGUGUCAUGUGUGGUGUAUUCUGGGAUAUGGUUGGGUGGGUUACGGGGUCGGAAAGCGGCACUGGUUUGUCUUUAGUCUGCUAAGCUACAUUAAAUGUAUAUUUCAAAUAAAUUUAUUAUUCACGAUG